AUGCAUAGACGCGCGGAUGUGACAACACGUCUGCCAUUUCUCGCAACUGCUCCAGAAUGUAAGGCGGAUUCGUCAUACCCAAGCGGAGCAUACAACCCUCCGGUAUCAAUCUCACCAGUCCAGAAAGGAGAUCAGCCAGUGAAACGAACAGUGUUGCCUGGAACGAAAAGAGACGACUGGGGUUUACAGGCGAACUACACCAAGUUUGGAAGGCACAUCAACACUAACGGAGUAAUCUCUCAAGAAAAGCCACUGCUGAAAAGUUCAAUAAUCUUAUGGGCCAUUCUUGUGUUCGUCAAUCGUUGUCUCAGAACCAUGACUCGUGUGGGUUGGUGUCGAUGA